AUGUCCGUCCUCGCCCUUCUGGCAUUCGCCGGCACAGCCCUUGCCCACGGCCACGUCUCAUCCUACACUGUUGGGGGUCAAGUCAUCCAAGGCGGCACCAACGGCGGCCUUUCAGUCAAUCCCCGCCCUAACACCCCGGCCUGGCUUGCCGCCAACAACGACAACGGCUUCGUCACCGAUGUCACCUCGCCCGACGUCAUCUGCCACAAGAGUGCCGAACCCGGGUCAUCGUCCUUCACCGUCGCUGCGGGAGACACCAUCACGUUACAGUGGAACACCUGGCCGGACAGCCACUCUGGGCCCGUGAUCGACUAUCUUGCUCCUGUCAAUGGAGGCUUUGAGUCCAUCUCAAAGAGCUCGUUGCUGUUCACGAAGAUCGCUGAAGCCGGCCUCUCAGAUGGGAAGUGGGCAGCCAACGAACUCAUCGCGAACGGCUUCAUGUGGCAGACAACCAUCCCAAGUUCAAUCGCUCCAGGCAACUACGUCCUCCGGCACGAGAUCCUGGCGUUGCAUGAGGCGCAGCGCGUUGGUGGAACUCAAUUUUAUCCUCAGUGCAUCAACAUUGAGGUGACUGGGAGCGGCACCAACACUCUCAGCGACGGCACCCCUGGCACUCAACUGUAUGGCCAGACCGAGCCCGGUGUGAUCUUCGAUAUGUACAACAACCCGACUUCGUACCCCAUCCCAGGUCCUGCUGUCAUGGCUGGCGGCAGCACUGGAGGCGGCAGCGGCGGUGGCAGCCCACCAGCGACCACAGCCACGGCUACAUCAGCUGCACCGACUGUUGCGGUGCCUACGACGACGCUGAGGACCUUGACUACUACUGCUGCGCCGGCACCUACUGGUGGCAACACUGGUGGCAGUGGUACGGUCCCCAAAUGGUCGCAGUGUGGUGGACAGGAGUACAAGGGCCCCACGAACUGUGUUUCUGGUACGACUUGUCAGGUGUUGAACCCUUACUACUUCCAGUGCUUGUGA